GCGGUGAAGGCGCGCGCCGAGGCCAUGGAGAAGGCGGCGGAAGCGGUCCCCGGCGGGAUGCUCUCCGUCGUCGGUCGGCGAGAGGCCAACUACAAAUUUGCCUGCCUGGAAGCCCGGAAGCACUGCGAGUCGCUGGGUAUCGAAAACCCCGUCUGCGAAAUCUCCAACUAUUUGUUCCCCGACAGCAGAGUCAUCGCGGGACACGCGCAGGCUUUGGAGUUUUUGCAGGAGAACGCCCGAAAAUACUACUUUACGCGCACCAAGAUGCUUCCGGUCAGCGGGGCUUUUCACACCAGGCUUAUGGAACCGGCGGUAGAGCCGUUGGCUGAGGUCCUGCAGUCGAUUGAGAUUCAGAAGCCGCUGGUCUGCGUCCAUUCCAACGUCGAUGGCAAGAAGUACAUGCACGCCAAGCACAUCCGGAAGCUGCUGGUGAAGCAGGUGGUUUCCCCCGUCCUGUGGGAACAGACCAUGCACUCUGUGUACGAGAGGAAGCAAGGAACGGAAUUCCCUUACACGUACGAGGUGGGACCCGGGAAGCACCUAGGAGCCAUUCUCAAAAAAUGUAAUUUAAAGGCCUGGAAACAGUACAAACACGUAGAUGCUCUGGAAGAUGAGGAAGCAGGGGAGACCUAA